AUGAGUGAUCGCAUUCAAAAAUUUGUUGAUUAUUUGCUCGAUACGGAAACAACAUCAAACAUUGUAUUCAAUCAAGAUAUUAAGAAAAAUAACGAACUUUUUCAUUUACGCUAUCGAAACGAUUUUGAACAAGUUGUUAAUGAAAAGCUGCAACUAUGGCGAAACAUUAAUCGAGCUGAGCAAAGCGCAGCUGCUGAUAAUACAAUAAAAAAUGAUGGUUUUGCCGAAUCGUCGGAAACCAGUUCAGAAGAAGAAUCAUCGUCCGAGGACGAACAAAAGAAACCAGUACCAAUAGAAAAAGUUAGUAUUCAAGCAAUCUCAUCAGCGCCACAAUUCAAUGCUUAUAUCAACAUCGUUGGUCAAUGUGAACGACUUCUUCAAUUUCUUCAAUAUAGUCAACGACACACCAGUCACAUGAGUGAUCUCUAUUUUCGAACACUAAAGCAAUGUGUUGAAAGUGAAAAUGAGAAAGUGGUUACGGCUGCUUUACAACAAAUUCUAUUUCAUUUAUCCGAAGAUAUGGAUAAUAUACAAAAUAAACAUAUUAAUCUAAUAAAAUCUCUUCUAUCAAAUAUGCCAUCUGGAACUAUUUCAGAAACACAUAAACCUAUUUUGGCUACUAUUAAAUUACUUCUUUCGCCUACCCGGACUGAUAAUGAUAUGAUGACGAUCUCUGGAAACAAUAUUGAAAUCAUUUAUCCCUAUUUUUCUUGUUUUCUCGAUGUUCGUCGUGAAUUUCGUGAUAGCACGCAUUAUUUUAUUGAUGGUGACUCGUUUCUUUUAUCCAUGGCUCAUCAUAUCAAUAUUGAUCUUGUCUCAUUUCAUGGUAAUACAAUUCAUCUUAUUUUUCUAAUUGAACGUAUUCUUCUGACACUUUUCAAUCAAGCACAUCAAUGCAAUUAUACACUUGUCUUUUUCGAUUGCCAUUAUCAAAUUUAUCAAUAUCAAACACCAAUUCUUGAUCUUCUUCGUUCUUGUUUAAUUACACACCUGUGUGAGAAUGUCAAUAAAUAUGGUACAUUGAAAGUUCGUCAAUUUGAUUCGUGGCUUAGCAGUGAUUAUGCUGUAUUUGUUAAAGAUGAAAAGCCUAUGUUCAUGUUCUACAGUGAUAUGUCAAAUCUGAGUAAUAAAACUAGUCCAUUAUUAUCUGAAAGUGUCCUUCGACAACUUGUCUUCGUUUACCGUCUCUUCGGUAAUUAUCAUCAAUAUACUAUUGAUUGCCAUCUCUAUUUAAUGAACAAAUUGAUGUUAACCGAUACAUUAGUUCAAUGUUUUAAAAUCGAUUUUAUACGACCAUGUCCAAUGCACCUGUUCAGAAAAGUUUUACAGAGAGUACCAUUCAAAUUCACUUCGACUACGAUCGAAAAAAAGGAUCGACUGUCAUUAGAAAAAUUGUGCCAUGAAACAGCUCAAGGUGAUGUGCGUCUUUUUCUUUAUCUUAAAUCGAUCAUGCAUUUGAUGAAAGAAAAAAAGGAGCAGAAAGAAGUACAAUUACUUAAUCUUUUAAUUCCUUUACUUCUUCUUCAUGUCGGUCUUCUUAUUCGUCUAUCUUUAGUUGAUCGUCAUCUUCCAUCAUCAUUUACUUCGGACUCUUUUAAUCCGAUGUUCUCUGAACUUAUUUGCCAAUUUCAAUUGCGUCUCUCAUUAUCUAUGUUAGCAAAUUGUUCAACUCUCUCAUGGGUCAAAAUAACCGAUUUGUUUGAUGGACGUCUAUUUGCUUUUACUUUAAAACAGAUAAAUGAAUCUUCAUCGAAUCUUCGUUUUGAUUCAUGCACAUUUGACAUGAUGAAACAGAGUUUAAACCUAUUGAAUAUAUACUCGAACAAAAAUGAAUUUGUAAAUCCAUUUGAACAAAUAAUUCUAUCAAAGAACAUUAUUUAUAUGUCAUCAUCAUCAUCAUCACAAUUGGCUAAACAAGUGACAACGAGUAAAGAACAACAUCAACAAAUAGUCAAAAUCUCCAAUCCAUUUAUCGACACUUUUUUAAAACCGAUUAUUUCAUCAAAGAACGACGAAUUCUCAAUUGAUUUCAUCGAUUCGAAUGAUUGCAGCCGGGCACAAUAUCAAGAUCGAUCAAAACUGGAUUCACUCGAAAUAAAUUAUUUUGCUACAAUGGCUGAAAUUACUCAUCUGGAAAAUGUUGUUGAUGUGUUUAAUGAAAAGAAAAUAUACAUGGAAGAGCUUGUAAAUGAUCCAAAAUUGGAUAGAGAAAAAUGGUAUCGAUUUCAACUUGAAAAGGUCAACAGCCGAUUGCCACGAUGUGAACAAGGCGUGGCUGAUAGCAGAACACCCGAUUUCAUUCCGGACAAAUGGCAAAUCGAGUUUCUUGAUGCUGUUGAUAAACAGCAAUCGAUUAUUAUCAUAGCACCAACUGCUUCGGGUAAAACAUAUGCAUCUUACUAUGCCAUGAGCAAAGUAUUGGAAAAAAAAGAUGCGAUCUGCGUAUAUGUAGCACCGACCAAAGCACUUGUAAAUCAAGUUGCUGCUACGAUCUAUUCUAAAUUUGGUACUGUAUUUGGCAUUUUUACACGAGAUUUUCGUAUGAACAUGAGAACAUGUCGCAUCUUAGUAACCGUACCACAAUGUUUUGAAAUUCUUCUCAUCUCUCCAACUUAUCAACGUUGGUGUAAACGAAUUCAAUAUGCGAUCUUUGAUGAAAUUCAUUGUAUGUCCGGUGAACUUGGUUCGGACGUGUGGGAACGAACAAUGUUACUCAUCAACUGUCCCAUGAUUGGCCUAUCAGCUACAGUGAACAAUGGUGAUGAAAUACGGCAAUGGAUAGAAAGUAUCGAGCAACGACGAGCUACUCUAUUUCAAAUGUCAACACCGCGUUCCGUAUGUUUCAUUGCGCACUACGGGCGUAUAGCUGAUUUGAAUAAGUAUUUGUAUGCAGAACGACAAUUGCAUCCUAUUCAUCCGAUAGGUCUUAUGAAUGCGGAACAAUUGAUAAAUCGAAGCUUACCGAAAGAUUUUUUUAUGUCACCUUCUGAGACUGUACGACUCAAUGAUGCAAUGCAAAAAACAAUAACUAGUAAUAAGGAUAUUGUAAGCGACGAUGUCGAAUAUAAACCUGUAUUGACUUUAACUGAAUAUUUUUCACCUGCUUGGAUCAUCGAACGAAAUGCGUGCAAUCAUUAUUCACGUCUUGUCUGUAAUCAACUCAAUCGUUUAAUUAUAAAAAAACAAAAUUCUGCCAUUGAUGCUAUUACAACAUCAAUUCAUACUGCCGAUUUAAGUAAUAUUAAAUAUCCCGAAAUAAAACCAAUGUCAUCUCUCAUCGUCGAAUUUGUAUUAACAUUAAAAGAAAAAAACCUUCUACCAUGUAUUGUAUUUUCGGAUAGUCGAUCGAUAUGUGAAACGAUGGCUGAAACGGUAGCGGCUUAUUUUGUCAAGAUUGAACGUGAGUUGCGAGAAACAAAGUACAAAAAGCAGAUUGAUCAAGUUAAACUACGAUUACAACAGAUUAAAAAAGAUGAAAAAAUGAAUCUUGCUUUGAUCAAGAGUAUGAAAAAAACAUCGUCAGGUAAACGAAGAGCGAAUAAUGCGGAGCACACUGAUAGUGGUAAUAAUAUCUAUGAGAAACAAAUGAUGCUUAAUGAUAUUAUUAGUGGAACACAAUUGUCCGGACAUGAAAAAGCUUUACUUUAUGGGAUAUUGGAGGAAGGAACAUUGGCCAAUCGACAUAGAUACGAUGAAGAAUUAGUCGAACCAUUAUUGACACGAGCUGAAAUUGACAAUUCAAUGUUAGUCAGAUUGAUGAGAAGGGGCGUUGCCUAUCAUCAUGCUGGGCUGAAUAAUAAAGGUCGAGUAGCUGUCGAAGCACUCUUUCGUAAUCGAUACAUUCAAAUUGUUUUCUCUACAUCAACACUCGCAAUGGGUAUUCACAUGCCAACAAAAACCGUCGCUUUUCUUCGAGAUUCAAUUUUUCUCGACGCUCUUCAAUAUCGGCAAUCGUCGGGUCGUGCUGGUCGUCGUGGUUUCGAUAUCGAAGGACAUGUAGUCUUUAUUGAUAUUCCUCUUUCGAAAAUUCGUCAUUUAACCAUCUCAGUCAUACCUAAUAUUGAAGCACACUUUCCAUCGUCAGUGACAUUUCUCAUGCGUCUUCUUCAAUUAUGCUCAUGUGCACAAGAUUCCAAAGAUGCUAUUAAUCGAUCAUUGGUUGCACUCGAGUGUCCAUUUAUUCUUCAAUCAGCUAGUAAACAUGUUUUAGUUGAUAUUCAAAUUCGUUUUCAUUGUUUACAUACACUUGACUUUCUUCAUCGACUCAAUUUAGUCAAUGCGAAUGGGGCUUUAAUCGGUCUUGCGGGACUUUCAACCCAUUUACACUACUUCGAACCAGCAAACAUUUUGCUUGUUCAUCUAAUGGAUACCAGACUUUUUCACGAAAUAAGUGAUUAUAGUGAAAUUGUUAUCAUACUUGCAUAUGUUUUUACAAAGAAGCCUUGGUUAAUAACGCACAAACAAUUCGAAACUCUCUCAUUAGCAAGACGAGAAGAAAUGUUCAAUUCAAGAUUAUUCUUACCACCGAUAUCAAGAGAUUUUCGAGUUCGAGUUGAAUUGUAUAAUUCUAUUGUGAAAGAUGUUUAUGGUUUCUACAUUGAAAAUGUGACCCGACGAAUGCGUUCGUUUGCUAGUGGCCAAGAAUAUGUUUUACCUUUCUCCAAUAUUUCAUUUACUGAUCAGGCUGUUUACGAUAAUGGAACAUUCGAGUACGAUCUUCAUCAUCAUCGCUCACAACAAACUCAGAAUCCUUCAAUAUCGCCAUUUGCCGGUCCAUCGGGUCUCACACAUGAAAAAUAUAUGUCGAACUAUAAUUCAGUUGUUGGUUCAUGGGAUCUUGCUUUCAAUCUCGACUUAUCAACACGAACUGUUCCAUUUGCCGAUCUGGAUUGUCGUGAUCACACCAAUUCGAUAACAGUUACUGGAAGACGAAAACGAAUUGCAAUACGGCGAUAUAUACAAUCUUCUCUUAGAUUUUAA